UUGGUGCAUUUCAGCGCGUGGAAUCAUGGGAAAGCGCCCCGUUCAAAUCUGUUUCCGGUUUGUUCUGUUCCGUUUCGUUCGACAUGAAAAACAUGGAGCCCAACCGGAUCAGCGCGGCAAAGACACCCCUGAACAGUGCUGGCCAGAGGAGGAGUAAAAGCAGGAGCUACCGGCAGUCAUACCGCAGCUGCUUAGGUGCGGCGUCACGUCUGUGUUUGACCCCGGCGAUGACGUCACGGCGCCUCAACACCAACAGAAAAGCGCCGGAGUUGCUCAACAUCGCUGAGAGGGUGGACGCCCAGCAGCUGGCCUUACUGAUGAGAACGGAAUGGCAGCUGUCCUACGUCACGCCCCUCUACCAGUUCCGCUACACCCAACUGAAGAGCUAUGCCAGGCAGCUCUCUGCAUAUCUGACUGCAGAGAAACAGCAAGGCCUGGCGGUGGGGGUGGAUGUCAGCCUGAGCUACAGAGUCACCUUCUCCGUGGUUCACGGGAUGACCCAAACUGAAGUUGAUGCCGAGACCGUCUUAAUACAGAUUUACUGCAAGCCCUUGUUUGCCAGGCAGGAUGAGCCCCCGAAGGAAGUGUGGAAAGGCUGGCUCACAUGCAUCAACGGCAGCCAUGACUACAUCAACUCACUUCCAAAAGACUUGACCUGCCUGCCACUAUUUGGCAGCAGCAAGACCGAGGCGCUGACCGCUUCCGUCAAAUCCUGGUUCCAGAAGAGCUUUGACUGUUUCUUCGCCCCGUUGGAGAUCAGCCACACGAUCCUGCAGUGGCUGGUGGCGCUGUGGACCAACUGCCACGCAGAGCCCAAUACCCGGCAACUCCAAAUGGUGUGGACUCUCCCGGUCGUGCCGGCGCUGCAGGUCACCUACGCUGUCGACCCGGCAGACGCCUGGCAGCUGUGGUGCAGUGUGAGGCGAGAUCCGCAGGAAAGGAUGACCGAACAUGACAUUAUUGACAUCGAGGAGGUGAUGAGGCUCAUGAAGGGACUCAUGUGCCACUUCUACCGACACUUCAGGGUGGACCUGUCGGCUGGGACCUUGAGUCAGGUGUCCACGGCACUGGGAGGAGCCAAAUGUAGCGGGAAGAUUAAGUUUUUAAACAGCAACUACAUGACCGCCAUGCUGACGUUGCUGACCGAGUGCGCCCUCCUCAAGAUGCCAAUUUGAAGAAACCUGCAGAUGGUAAAUUAAAUCAGGUCUUAUGUUGAAGGGGAACUGGAAUUUUGUCCAUCAUCCACAAUCCUUAUGAUAAGAAAACACAAAUUAUAAGCAGUGAAAAACUGCUAGUACAAGGCAGCUAACGACACUGGUAAUAAGAUUAAUCUACUCCGCCUAUAAAGCGCUUAAAAAACGGCAACAACGCUCCUUUACAUGCCGUGACCUGCAUAUUAUCCAAGCUACAGCAACAUUCUAAUUGUAAGAGCUAACACAGAGGAACUACUUUUCUGGCAUAGUGACUCAGGUUGUUCAAUAAAAUCGAUUCUCACCCGAAUAGGGAUUCUUAUUUAUUCUGAUUCUAAAUAGAUUAAUCAUUUUUAUAAAAUAUAUAUAUUUUUCUUUUUAAGAAUCAGUUCCAGAGAUGUUUUUAGGCCAUCUCCAUGCUGACUGGCUGCGCGUAUACUUAACCUGUUUUUAAAAAAAGUUAUUAUAAUUCUUUUUUUAUUUUAUUUUUUUUAAGAAUUUAUUAAUCAAUCCAUCAAAACAAUACCAUAAUAAUGCAAUAAACAGAGCAAUUAUAAUUCAUUCUUGAUUUGAUUGAAAACAUGUUUAAAAAAUUCAAUCGACUUCAUCUUGCACAACUUCCGACAUAUAAGAGUCUGAUAUGAUGGUCUAAUGAUUAGACCAGAGGUGCCCAAACCUUUCCCACUGACUGACACAUCAAAGGAUGCAGGGACCGUUUUGGGUAAGUUUAACCUUUAAAACCAGUACAAUAUUUUUUUCCCCCAAAAAAUAGAAAGGACAAUUUCGAUAGAAAUUUCGUGUGAAUGCUGAGGAGCCAAAGUUGAACUGAAAGGUUAACAGUUAGCGCACGAGACAGAUAGCCUCAAGUCACAAAAAACAUGAGCAAAUGAGCUAAAAAAAAUGCCAGCAUGUUUAGUUAGCAUUUGUGAAAUACCAAGAUAUGACACUGAGGUGUAUACCAUCUAAAUUAGCUGGUAAAUCUAGCAUGCAAAUGUUGGCAUGUUAAAAUGCUGACUGUAACAUAUGUUAAGUACCUAAAUAUAUAACUCUGAGGUGUGUACCUAAAAAUGUGUUUGUUAGCCUGCUAACGCUAACAUGCAUCAAGGUGUCUACCUUCAAAAUUAGCUAAAAAAAAUUAAAAUAAACAGCUAUCAUUUUUCAAGUAACACAAUAUUUGACACUGAGGUGUUUACCUGCAAAAUUAGCAACAACAAAAGCUACUAUUACAAUGCUAUCAAUGUGCCAGGGGCCAUUAAACAAUUGGCUAAGAACCACAAUUGGCCCCCCAGGCCGCACUUUGGAACCCCUUGAAUUAGACCAUUUCGAAAAAAGCAGCCACCAACCAGUAUUCUCGAUUUUAGCAUCAAACCAUUCAUGUCUUGGAGUGACAAUUCCCUCUCACAAUCGAAAAACUCCAUCCCAAGAAUGGGAAUUGUUUUGAGUAUUAAGAUUCACAUCCCUCGCAACUGCCAUUGGAGCUGCCCACCAACCACAACUGUAAUGCUGUCACUCUGUUCAACUUCCUCCAUGAACCGAAGUAGCCUGUUCCCAAACUAGGAUCUAGGAUCCUCCAGUAAUAUUCACUUUUUUGUUUUUUUGGCCUAAGACUUGUUUUGUACAGAACUGUAAAGUCAUUUGUUUGUUAUUC